UGGCUAUGCCGGAGUAUUGCCCUGGAAAGCAUUUCACAGAGUGGGGUAGUACGUUAGCCUGUGGUUUAGCCCCGUGAGCCACACCAAACAGCAAAAUAACGGAAAUAAUGAACAGCAAAUUGGGGCGAAGUCAGAGAUGAGUGAGAAGGCCAAAGACAGGGAUAUGUGUGGACUACAAAGUUCUCCACCCUGCCUAGGAGCACUCCUGUAUGUCCUAAACUGUUUCCUUUUGUUGCUGCUCCAGAAGGAGACUCUUGGCUGCCCGUCCGUGUGCCGGCUCUGCACAGGGAGGCAAGUUAACUGCCGUAACUUAGGGCUUUCCAGCAUCCCGCGGAGCUUCCCGCCACGUACAGUUCUGCUAUACCUCAGUGGCAAUAAUAUAUUACAUGUGGCUCCCAGUGAAUUAACGGGCCUUCAGAAACUUGCUGCCCUGUACAUGGAUAAUUGCAGUAUUUCAUACGUGCAUCCGAAAGCUUUUGUGGAUCUCCAUAAACUGUGCUACUUGCAUCUAAAUAACAAUAAUAUUAAGCGCCUGGAUCCAGGAAUAUUUGAAGGUCUUUCCAGUCUUCGUUGCUUAUACCUGCAGAAUAAUCAAAUAGCUUUUGUUCCUAGAGGAUUAUUUAGUGAUCUCCUUUCUGUUAGAUAUUUAAUGCUUCAAAGGAAUCGUCUCAGUGUCCUUGGAAGUGGGACGUUUUCAGGAAUGUUAAGUCUCCAAACACUUAAUCUAGCCAAUAAUAAGAUUUCACGGAUAUCAGACUCAGCGUUUUAUCACCUUGAAUACCUUGUGCAUUUGUACCUUGAAGGUAACAACUUAACGGUCGUGCCAUCAAAUGCCAUUGGAAUGCUCAAAAAUCUUGAAAGACUCUCUUUGUCUCACAAUCCUAUUGGAUCAAUACAGCCUUUUGCAUUUAAAGGACUUAACAAGCUCAGAUAUCUGUCUUUAAAAGGUGCAAAGCUAAAACAUAUUGCUGUAAAUGGAUUUUUUGGAUUGAACAACCUCAGCCAGUUAAUCUUAAGUUAUAAUGAUUUAGAAAAUAUAAGUUCUAGCAGUUUUACUUUGUUGCAUAAUUUAAUGUAUCUGCAGCUAGAUAGAAAUAAAAUAACCAGUAUUGGUGACGGUACCUUUGCAAAUAUGGGACAUUCACUUAAAAUAUUAAGUUUAGCAUUCAACAAUAUUACAGAGUUGCAACCUGGAGUGCUCAAACCCUUAGUGUCUUUAACCCACUUACAGUUAAAUUACAAUCCUUGGGACUGCAGCUGCAAAAUGCUUGCCUUCCACAAAUGGCUAGCCUCAUCUUCUCUUUCUGCAAAAAUCCAGUGCCAAAGCCCUCCCCACAUGCGUGGCAGACCUUUACGUUAUCUUCACUGGGCUCCCUUUGCGAACUGCAGUAGCCCUACUGCCAGUCCAGAAGAGACCUGGAAGGCAGGGGCUGCAGGUGGUCUCCACAGCACCACCGCUUUGCUGCUGGCCUGGCACAAGGUAGACAGGCACAGCACGUCUGAGCAGUUUUUCAGGGUGGGUGCUGGAUACGUUGGUUCCUGGGAAGGAGCUACAGCAACAUCUGCUAAACCCCUGCCUUAUGAAAAAACUACUGCUGAAAAUCCGUCACAGGCAACUAUGACAUUAUCGCUAUUGCCAGCACAUGUGGCAGAAAAGACUGUAGCUGUUAACACAACUGUACAAUAUGAAAGUUUAUCUCCCUCAGAUGCAACAUCUGUGUCAUUAAAACCUUCUCUGCUCUGUGCACAACAAGUUGAAAAGCUGAAUCAGGCUUUUGACAUUCUACUGGCCUUUUUCAUCGUGGCUUGUGCUGUAAUCCUGUUCCUAACGUACAAAAUUAUUCAGUUUAAACAGAAGCUAAAGGUGUUAGAGAAUGCAGGAGAAAAGAGAAUAGAAUAUUAUGGGUUUUAUCAGCCUGGCAGAUACAGCAUACCUGACCCAGUGCAGUCUCUAACUCAGAACUCAGUGGGACAUUCAGAAUUGGACCAAAUUAGGCUGCUCAAGAGAACAGCAUCUGAGAGUCAGGCACAGGUCAUACUGUUUGAACAUUCAGCAUUGUAAUUUACGUCAUUUGAUUUGGUGUUAAAUGUAUUACGGUUUGAAAUGUCAAAAAAAAAAAAUCAAGAAUUCAAUUUACUAAAAAAUCCUUCACUAGUUAAAAUGAACUGGCUAUGGUAUUGUUGAAAAUAGCAUGAUGUCUGACAUGGAUAGAUAUUUUUAUCCUCUGUCCUCAUUAUAGGAAUCUUUCAUCUGUAACCCAAGUAUAUCAAAAGAUGUGCAGUGAGAAAUGUGCUUACGUGUUUACUACUUUAUUUUGUCAUCCUUUUUGGUAUUAAGUAUCUAUAAAAAUUACAUAACUAACCUGAAAGUGAGCAAGCAAAAUAGGUUGUUCUGUCAGGAUCCUGAAGUUAAAAAGUUGGGGUGAAUAUGAGUAGAAUACUUCUUUACAUAUUUAUUGUAAUGAGCAUUUCCUAUUCUGCUUCUGUUAGUCAUUCAGAGGGGGGGAAAAGG